AUGUCGCCGAGCUCUUCGCACACCGCUGCGCAGCAUCGUCUGCCAGCCUACUCCGAGGCCAACGGCUUCCCUCCUCCGGCUAUCGCCUCGUCCUCGCAAUCAGCGUCAUCCGCACCACCUUCCGACAGCUUCUUCGACAUUGCUCCACGAAGCGACUCCACAUCCUUCCAGGUGGGCUACCUCGGGCUCAGGGGCUUCCAGGCUUGGCUCAAGGGCGACGUGCUCGUCAAGCUCGACACCGAGACCAAGAACCGCGGCAGGUACACCCGCUGCCUCGUCCGACUGCAGGCCAAGGAAAGGGCCAUCGGCUUCUACUCUUCCACUUCCGACGCUGCACAAGAUCCUCAGAGCGACGAGGUCGAGCUCUUCUCACACACCCUCGUGCUCUGGGAUGCCGAAAAGGAGCCCACCUCGUCGAGCGCUGCGAUUCCGACCCUGCCCUCCACCAUGC